UCCAAAGUGCUGUGAGAUGGCCUUCUGUACCGGGCGGAAAUGCAGCCGAGAACGACGGAAGAGGAGCAGGAGCAUGAUGGCCAGGAGGACCCACCCCGAGCAGAGCCUGAGGAGGAAGAUGGGGGAGAGGUCUUCUCCUUUAAAUACAGCCCCGGGAAGCUGCGGGGAAACCAGUACAAGAAGAUGAUGACCAAAGAGGAGCUGGAGGAAGAACAGAGAGUGCAGAAGGAGCAGCUGGAGGCCAUCUUCAAGCUCAUGAAGGACAACAAGGAGACGUUUGGGGAGAUGACAGACGGCGACGUGCAGGAGCAGCUCCGGCUCUACGACAUGUAGGCCGCCUCCGCCCGCGAGGCCCCGUCCCCAACUUGCCGGCUGCGGCAGGCUCGCUGGCUCGCUCUCGCGUCUGUAGCUGUAGAGGCGCUACACACGGGCCAUGCGGUUCCCAAAACUUAGGCAUGGUUUUCCAGCAAUCGGGAUUAUUGUCUUCGGAGUCAGACAUUUUUUUUUUUUUUUUUUGCUAAGAGAAUGCUCCCCUACGGCUUGCGUCCGUGCAGUCACAGAAGCUUCCAGAAAGCCUUCUGAGGCAGAGUGAGAGCGCAGGGUUGUUAGACUGGACACUCGGGCAGCAGGACCUGUUACCCGUCUUCCCACAGCGCCCCUGAAUCCUUCCCACACCCGUGUGCCCAGGGGGCCGUGGGGGGGGGGGGGGGGGCUCUGAGCGUCCUUUUAGCAAAAACUCGAACUCGACCCUCACCUUCCACACUGGAGCAGAUCGGUGUUAUCAGAGUUGGGACCCUCGGAGAGCUUCCCCCGUGGACACGUGAGACUUACUUCACAUAUAGGCUCAUCUGAGUGCUUAUAAUGCACCCAGGGCCACGCUAGCUGCUAGAGGUAGAGGAAAUCACAUAUGCAACACGGGGCCUCCCUUUAAGGAGACGAAAGUCCUUCAGAGAAGCGAGGCACGUGUGCAGGGAGAGAGCAGGUCCCCAGACAGCCUUCAGUCAAACACCAGAAUGACCUCACGGGACAGCGUCCGGGACACGUCAGGAGGUCAGUAAAUCUCUGGGAGUCCGCGAACUUGCGAGGACGCAGAUAACGGCGGGGCUCCUGCCUGCUGCACGGGCCCUGUUUCUGUUCGCCCCACAGGCCGGAAAAUUCCGAGCCAACCGAGCUGGAGAGGGUCUGCCCCAGAGAGAGCCCAUGACGUUCUUAGAAAUAUUUUGUAUUUGCUCAAAUAAAGCUACGUCAACACAGUGAACUCAAA